AUGCCGCCCCGCAUCGCACCGGCGGCCGCUGCGGGCGGUGGCGAUCAACAGGCACAACAACAGCAGCGACCGGCGCCCAACUUCCUGGCCACAGCGCUGCGCAUGGGCUUCCUCUGGUGGCUGUUCAGCUACAUGAGGGGCAGCCCGCCCAAGGCCAAGCCCGGGGAGCUCAUCUCGCCCAAGUGGGAUCCCGCCCAGCUGAUCGACGUCUACUUCUAUGUCCACGAGCAGGCCCAGCUGCCAAGAGACGUGUUGCAGAUGGACCCCGUGUGGGAGGUGCACGGCGUGGGGCUGUCCUCGCUGAGUCAGCAAUCCGCCAACGUUACGUACGAGCCCAAUGAGGACGUGAAGAACAACGGAACGGUGUUCCUGCACACGUUCUUGACGCACCAGGGGUGGUCCAUCUGCUGCGAAGGGGACCCCGACUUUGAUGAGAACAACGUGUACUGGGCGCGGCGGCAGCUGAACGCCUACCUGCCCCGUCCCAAGGAGGUGGCGGCAUUCAACCUGCUGACAGAGGUCCCCGGUGGGGCCAACCAACCCAAUGGGGGACCAGGCGAGGGGGAGGAUUCUGGCAAUGGGACGGAGAUCGUCAGCUUUUGGAAGCCGGAGAUGUCCGUGGCGGUGGUCCAGGAGUUCGGGGCGUACCCCAAGUCGAAGGUGCAGCCACACCAGAGGGCGCACAUGGUGCUGGACGUCGGCGGGCAGCACUACUACCCGCUAGUGUUCUUCAACGAGUUCUGGCUGCUGAGGGACAAGCUGGUGCAGAUCAACGGCAGCGUGGAGUCCCUACGGCUGGAGCUUACCCUGGGGCCCAUCACGCCCUGGAUGUUCCAGAUGUACUUUCAGAUGGACCAGUCCUUCGAGAUGCAGCAGGAGAUGGGCCUGGCGCAGGACACCGACCCUGAUGCCUUCAAGCGCAUCCUGCUGGAGGGGAACCCCAUCCUCCUGGGCGUCACGUUCGUUGUCACACUUCUGCACACUGUCUUCGACUUCCUGGCCUUCAAGAACGACAUUGGCUUCUGGAAGGACAACAAGUCGAUGGAGGGGCUGUCAGCCCGGACAGUGGUGAUCAACUGCGUGUGCCAGGCGGUGAUCUUUCUGUACCUGCUUGACAACGAGACCAGCUACGUUGUGAUACUGAGCUCCGGGGUGGGCAUGCUGAUCGAGUUCUGGAAAAUCACCAAGGCCAUGAAGGUGGAGGUGCAGUGGGUGUCUGUGGCUGGAACGCAGGUGCCAUGGCUGAAAUUCUUGGACAGGGACACUUACACCAGCAGCCAGACCAAGCGCUAUGAUCAGGAUGCCACUCGGUACCUGAGCUAUGCACUGUAUCCAUUGGUGGGGGGCUACACGGUCUACACCCUAAUAUACGAGAAGCACAAGAGCUGGUACUCCUGGAUCCUCAGCUCCUUUGUGGGGGCCGUGUACACUUUCGGCUUCAUACUGAUGUGUCCCCAGUUGUACCUGAACUACAAGCUGCGGUCCGUGGCCCACCUGCCUUGGCGGCAGCUCACCUACAAGUUCCUCAAUACGAUUAUCGAUGACUUGUUCGCGUUUGCGAUCAAGAUGCCCCUGCUGCACCGGCUGUCCGUGUUCCGCGACGAUGUUGUGUUCCUGGUGUUCUUGUAUCAAUGGUGGCUGUAUGGAGUGGACAAGACCCGCGCUAACGAGUUUGGAUUCUCCACUGAGAAGCCAGAAGAGCCCCAGUCAGGCGUUGAUCGGAUCGGCGACGGUGCUGUCCAAGGGGCUGAGGCUGUUGGGGAGGAAGAACCAAAAGAUGGGGCCCGGCGCAGAAGAAGGAAACAAGUGGAGGGCAACGGGCCAGGGCAAACAGGGGGUGAGCAAACAGCAGUUGAUGCCGAUUCUGGAGGCAAAAAAGGGCAGUAA